UGUGGCACAUGUCCAGACCAUAAUUUCUUCGAUUUAGUUUGUUCGCGUGGAAUCGUCUUAAACACUUUCAUAGUUUUUUUACAUUUGAUUUUUUUAAGCUCAUCACUUAAUUGUAUUCAUGAAAUGUACGUCAAUUAUACUGCAGUUAUGUUCCAUUAACACAACACGAGUUGUGUUAGUGUCAUAUUAUACAAUCAAUCGUUGAAACUAUCUAUAUCAAACUAUCCACUUUGAAAGUAUAAAAAGGACCCAUAGAUAUGUUCGACAACAUAUUCGGUGGUAUUGGCAAAGGCUGUGCCAGCCACCCCUGGGAAGUGAUCGUAGGAGUGCUGACUGUCACGGCGUGCAUGCUGACGAUUGACAAGACGGCCGAUCCAUCACUGUCGGCCGGACCGAACAGCCUACCACACAGCACUAAGAUCGUUGAUGACGAAUCGCACGCCAUCGACGUAAUAUUUAUGACUUUAAUAAGAUGUAUAGCCGUGCUUUACUGCUAUUAUCAGUUCAAUAAUCUCAGGCAGUUGGAUUCAAAAUAUGUUUUGGGUAUUGCUGCCAUGUUUACAGUAUUUUCAAGCUUUGUUUUUAGUACCAUAGUAAUACAUUACUUAAAUGGAGACUUAAAAGAUGCUAUGUUCCUAUUCCUAUUAGUUUUACUUGUUAACUUAAAAAAAGCCAGUUUGUUGGCACAAUUUGCACUAAGUGGCUGCUCACAGACCGAAGUAAUCAACAAUAUAUCUAAAGGCAUGUCAUUGCUAGGUCCAUCAUUUUCUUUGGACUCAAUUGUAUGUAGUCUUGUUAUCAGUGUCGGGAUGCUGUCAGGUGUCCAACGUUUAGAAACACUGUGUAUGUUUACAUGCAUGUCAUUCAUUGUAAACUAUGUGGUAAUCAUGAGUUUUUAUCCAGCUUGUUUAUCGUUGGUAUUGGAUUUACUUAGAAGAGGAGAUGAAAAUGGUAUGCCGUUUUGGGGUGACCGUUCUCAGAUAACUGCCAUUUGCAAUGAUCAUAAAACUGAUCCAAUCACACAACGCGUUAAGGUGAUAAUGUCAGUUGGUGUAAUGAUUGUUCACGCGCAGAGUCGAUGGGCAUUGAGUGGUAUGGAAACAGAAGCAGAUAAUAUGUUAGGAAUACAAGUUACCAAGUUUGCUGUAUUUAAUGAAACCGAAGAGAAUAACCACCGUUCUGUUCAUAGCUCUAUUGUACAUUGGAUGGCUAGUGGGGCCGAUCAUAUAGUUAUAUUGAUACUUUUACUAUCAAUGAUAGUUUGGUUUUGGUUCUUUGGAGACCGUGAUGAUCUAGCUCAUACCUUAGCACAGGUGAAUAAAAAACAGUCAACUAACACAUCCGGUCAUUUUGUACAUGUCCUUGAAACCCAAAAAGAUUUUAAACAUACACAUAGCCAAACUGAGUAUCGAAAAGCAUCAGUUUAUACUUCCAACAAAAUGGUUCAAACAGAAAAUGUUGAUGGUGAUAUUGUUGAUGGUGAUAACAUUGUGGAAAUCAGGCCUUUUGAUGAAUGUUUAGAUAUUUAUAAAACUCAGAAAUCAGCUGAACAAUUAAAUGAUGAUGAAGUAUUAAUGUUGGUGAAGUCGAAUCAUAUAAAACCGUACAUGUUAGAAAAAUGUGUCAAUAACCCUGAGAGGGGUGUUGGUCUUAGAAGAAAAAUAAUUGCAGCAGAAAGCAAUCUGACGGAAGCCUUAAUACAAUUACCUUACAUUGGUUAUGAUUAUUCUAAAGUACUAGGAACCAAUUGCGAGAACGUUAUAGGAUAUGUAGCUGUGCCUGUUGGAGUAGCUGGACCAUUACUUGUGGAUGAUGUGUUUUAUCAAGUACCCAUGGCGACCACUGAAGGUUGUUUAGUGGCCAGUACUAACAGAGGAUGUAGAGCACUAACAAUGUGCAGUGGCGUUAUAACUAGAGUUGUGGAUGAUGGUAUGACUAGAGGACCCGUUGUCCGAUUUUCUUCAGUUACUACUGCUAGCGAAGCGAAAAUGUGGAUGGACAAUCCAGAAAAGUUUCAAAUAAUUAAGUCGGCAUUUGAUUCAACGAGCAGAUUUGCAAGACUCACAAAAUUACUUGUGCGUAUUGCUGGUCGACAUUUAUUUAUUCGGUUUACAGCUUUUACAGGUGAUGCAAUGGGCAUGAAUAUGUUAUCCAAAGGAACAGAAAAAUCACUUAAAGUCAUUAAAGGAUACUUCCCCGACAUGGAAGUUUUAAGUUUGAGUGGUAAUUUUUGUUCAGACAAAAAGCCAGCCGCAGUCAAUUGGAUUGAAGGCCGUGGAAAAUAUGUUGUUAGUGAAGCAGUUGUACCUUCAAAAAUUGUCACCGAGGUACUGAAAACUACUGUAGCAGCAUUGGUUGAUGUUAACAUAAGCAAAAACUUGAUGGGAUCAGCAAUUGCUGGUAGUAUUGGAGGAAAUAAUGCACAUGCAGCCAAUGUUGUUACAGCUGUAUACAUUGCUACAGGACAAGAUCCAGCGCAAAAUGUGGCGAGCAGCAAUUGCAUGACACUGAUGGAAGCAUUUGGUGAAGACCUGUAUGUAUCAUGUACAAUGCCUUCAAUUGAGAUUGGUACAGUAGGUGGAGGAACUUCAUUACCUGGUCAAUCUGCGUGUUUGGAAAUGCUUGGCGUACGAGGUGCAAACUCUCAAACACCUGGAGCCAACGCCAAACAAUUAGCACGUAUACUGUGUGCAACAGUUUUAGCCGGUGAACUGUCGCUGAUGUCGGCCUUGACUGCUGGUCAUUUAGUAAAAAGUCACAUGAUUCACAAUCGGUCCGGUCCUUCUAUUCAGAAUUUAGAAUCAGAACCAUGCGAAUCAACCAGACAAUUUACACACUGUGUGUCUUGAGUGACGUGAAAUUAAUUUAUUUUACUUCAUACUUAUUACUUAAUUCUAUUUUGUUAGAAUCUAUGUUGUAUAUAAACAAAUGGCAUUUUAUUAUAUAGUCAAUAUUUUCUGUGA